UGAUCAAGUUAAGUUUACUUUUGAAUUGGAACUCGCUCUUGACUCUGAACCAGUUGGGCUUGGAGCUCACAGUAGUGGAGUUGUAUUGGUGCUGGUCUAAAUAUAGCUCGCACUUCGUGAAUCGUAAAAACCAAAACAAAAACUUUUCAAUGACAAUAAGUAUGAAACAGCUAUAAAGAGAUUGUAUUUUAACUUUUCCGGUGAAGUGCUUCGAAUCCGCGGGACAUAUCAUUUAUUUUGCUUAUAUUCGGUUGUGUUCGCGAUAUUCCCGUAUUCUUGUGUUUCUAUUGUUUGUGAAUGGAUACGAAUCGUAUACCAAAUGGAAGGAUGUUAUUGUAGCGGAGCGAGCUUCUAGGAAAUACGUUUUUGUACUUACAUGGGAUUUAACAACUGGUGGGCAGUGUCGGUGUGAUGGUGCGGGUGCACACAGUGCUUCUGGUGGUAGCACUGUGCCGCGCCGCCACCACACUCGACUCUGAGCUCGGCGUUGGCAAAGCGAUCAACAUAUUCAUGAGAUAUGGCUAUCUCAGCAUCUGCAUGCGCGUGGUCCCCCGCAACGAUACAGAAGGCUGGGUGUUCAGAGAGCCCACAGUCAGCGUGUUCAGAGAAGUGGACCAGUACUCCAUCGCGCCCAAGCCCAGGCAAGCCAAGACCAUCUUCGACGGAGACUUCCACAUGGAGUUCUGCGAUAACCUGAAGCAGCUACUACAGGCCUACUUCAGGGACUUUACUUUUGAAAGGUUAGAGCGCCCCUGGCGAGCGUUCACGGCGGGCUGGCCUACCGACAUAAUGGCGCGAAACCUCGGCAUCAACUCCUCCUUCAUCAGCGGCGACCACUGCUACGUGCUCGUCAGGGUCUCAAGGUUUCGUGAAACAGCAAAACUAAAAGACUUGCCUAACAACAUAGUCGUAGAAGAUGUUGUGUACGAAGCAAUACAGGAAUCUGUUAUAGGCGAUACAGUGUCCAUUGCCGACUUCAUUAGGAAAUACGGCUCGCACUAUAUUGCUUCUUAUGUUACGGGUAAUUCUCUCUAUCAGGUAUUUGUGUUCUCUAGAACUGCAUACUCUAUGAUAAAAGAGAGAUUAAAAAGCAAAGGUGUCGCUGAUAUAACAGCAAAGGAGUUGGAGGGAUAUUUCUCCCCUUGGCACGCCAAGCAUAUCGGGCAAAUAAAGGUGGCCAGUGGCAACAAAACUGUUGAAAGCUGGGCCAUGAAGCGGCUUCGCGUCCACUACUACAUAUUUUCAUAUCCCAGCCUUCUGAAGCUGCAUGGAGAGCCAGCCUUACUGCGAAGCCUCGACUCGCUCCUAGGGAACGAGGCCUUAUUACAAUUAGAAUUAAAGACAUUAUCGCCUGCGUUUAAAGACGCGAAAAAGAAGAAGUGGUUCGAAGAAGUCAUAGAUAAUUAUUUAAAACUUUGGGAGAGUAAUAUGUGAUCGUGAUACAUGAAUAGAUUUAUUAAUAAUGAAUACUUAAAUUUUCGGAAAUGCUGUGGUUUGAUGACACUUCCAUAACCCGUAAAAAAAUCUACAUGUCCCUAUAUAAAAAGGUUGUCAUGUGCCAUUGAAUUUCUCCCAUCUCGAGGCGUAUUUUUAUAUCAUUUACUAAGUUGCAAGUUAUGGACAUACAGCAUUUUCGAAUACAAAUUACUUCAAAUUUAGCUGUUAUGAUAAUUAUUUUUAAUUGUAUGAAUCAAAUACAACGUAAAAGUCUGAUUCACAAUUUUAUAAACAUAAUGUCUUCCGAAAUAAAUUAAGGAGUUGAUAUUGUAAGUGAUGUAAAGUUUUUCCAAAUGGAACUCAAAUAUUAAAUUUUACAAAUAAUUUAUUACAGUACAUAUACCUACCUAAUGAUGUUCUAACCUUAACCAGGCUGCCUACAUGUUCAACGAAAUGCGACAAAUAAGCAUCAUAAAUUCUAUUUACAAUAUUGAAAGACAAAAUAGAACAAAAUAAAAAUACAGUGAAAUACUACUUAUUUAGAAAUAAAUAGAAUUGUAUUUUUGUAAAUAAAAAAUUUCGCCUUAAAUAUUUGGCAGAUAUUUUUGUAAGAGAUUUUAGGGAUAUAAGAAUAAGUAGUAUUUGGACCCCACAAAUUUUAUUGAAAUAAAUAAAUAAUAUAAAUAAAUUGUAGAUAACGGAUAUAAUAAUAUUUUUCCAUUAAAUAUUAGAUUAUUAUUGAAAGUAAAAAAGUGCAAUAUUAGUAAAUCAAUAUAAUUCACAAAUUGUGGGAUCAAUUUUAAGAAUGCAUUUACAUUUGUGUUGCUUAAGAAGUAGUAAAUAUUCUGAUGUAAAUAUUUUUCGAAUAAUGAUAAAGCAAUGAAAUAAAUUCA